AUGGUUACAGUAGGACUGGACUGGCAUUUGAAGGUCUGGGGCCUGAAAUUCUGGAAAUCUCCGGCGUAUAAGCUGCCCUUCCCUCCCAGCCAUGUGACAAUCAGUCAAAUGGGGCAGGUGGCAGUUGGAUGCGGAGUGAACGUUCAGGUGGGUCAUGUGUAAUAUAAAGUUAAGAUCUCUGGAUAUGUGUUUGGUGGGAUUGAAGAAAUGGUGAAAACAGAAGGUAUAAUAAAAUAUUUUAGGUCUAUUCCGACCCAAAUAUCAACACCAUCACCAAACCAUUCCUCACAUAUCGAGAAGCUCCUUCAAGUGUCUCCAGCCUUCAGUUUGUCCCUAUGAGGAUGUAGGCAUCCGACAUGCUCAUGGUUUUGCAUCAAUAAUUGUCCCAGGCUCCGGAGAUCCCAGCUUUGACGCCCUGGGGAGGAAUCCGUACAGAGAGAGAAACGAAGAAGCAGCGCAGAAAGAGAAGUCCGACAACUCCUGGAGAAACUCCAGCCAAGUAUUACUUUGGACCCGACCCAGAUCAAUAAAGUCAACCGUUCUGAGCUUGAGAAGAAAAUAGAGUACAGAAUGGUGUUGCUGCGGUGGUCCGACGCCAAACAAGUCAAUGGGGCCGUCUCUGGUACUUGAAAGAAGAAUCCUCAAGUAGGAUGGAUAAGAAUUUGUUGAAUUUUUGAUGGUUAUUGUUGAUUUUAACUUUAUUAAUCUUGUUGAAAUAAAGAAAUUAUGAUCUAGAAAGGUGUAGAACAAGUUUUUGAAAAGGUAGGAAAGGAUGAACGGAGAAGUGACAGAUCUCGAUGUUGCACUAGGCAUCUGAUGUCUAGAUAAAGUCUGUUCUUAUAAGUCAUUUUAAAUGACUUAUGCUCAUUUACAUUCUAUGAUUUUUAUAAGGGUUCUCUGUGCGCUCUUGUUGAAUUGACAUAAUUUCAUAUAUGUUUUUAUAGAAUCUUAUUUAUAACAGGACCGUGCAAAAAAUGAACAUUUAUUUCAAUCAAUAACUCAAACAAUAAGCGGCACAAGUAUUAGAAUAAGACUUCAAUGCACGAAGGACCUGUAAGAGAUUUUUGAUGGGGUGUUCGUCGCUACUGUAGCCGUAGAUGUAUAUUAUUGCUUCUAAUGCUUCUGGUUUCCGUUGGUCGGAAUGAAUUCUCAGACAACAAUUUGGUCAAAUCCUCGAACAAAUUACUAAAAAUACGUAUGUCUCAAGGUAAUCAGGCUUGCACAGUAUAGACGACAAUCUCCAUAAAUUGGAACAGACGAUGGAACGAUAUACUCCAAUGCCAUUUCUUUUCGGUCGUACUUUGCCUAGAUCAAUAUAAAAAAUAAUCGUGAUAGUAACACACAUUUUCGCUUCCAACAAUUUGCAUCAAUACCCGAGUAGUUUCAUUUGGAAUUUAAGAUGUUGUCGUGAACUGGCUCUUUAGAAACCAAUUCGAUUCGCCAUUGUAACAUGAUCUGACGGGUUCCAAAAGCUGCAAACAUAAUCGCUGCUUGUUACCUUACCUGAACCAGCUUCACAAAUCAUCUUUUAGCGUACGCAUCAGAAGAUUAAAGUUGCCGAUGAAGUCGACCGAUGUUUCAAGAGCUACAGUAACCAAAUUCAGACCAACGAUAAUAUGUUCUUGAUUCGUAUCGUCCAAGGGGUUGUUAACUUGAAACAGAGAAACUAA